AUGAAGGACGACGCAGAGGAUGGCAGCACUGGACGGGAAAGGACGAUCGCAGCAAGCAAUGACCAAUUUUCAACGAUCGCAAUCAAAAAAAAAUCAAACUCUUUCGAUCAGCCCUCUUGCAAGCAGAAAGCAGCGGGCAAGAUGCCGAGAACUGAUAUGAACAGCAGCGAGCGCGGUCGAGAAGAGCCGCUGUUCCAGAAUAACAGCGGCAUCUCAACGACCGUACCGGGUCCGAAAUGGGAAAGUGGCGCUUUAUCGAAUCCUCAGUCAAGAACUGGGGAUUAA